GAUUUUUGGAGUCUCUUGAAUUUCCUUUGAUAACAUUUGGGGGACGGUGAUGGUGGAGGUGUGUGUCCUACGGUCUUAGCACACAAAAACAUAACAACCUUCAGGUUCACGAGUUCGGAAAAUUGUGUACGGUUUUUAUUAUAUGGAUAUCCUUGUUUCAGUCGGAGGGAAUCAAAUUCAUGAAGGAGAUAAUACAGGGUUUGGUUUGACUGUAGGAAAGGAGAAGUCUAAGAAGAGCCGAGUAUGGAGGUCAUUGGUGAUCUGCCAAGAGAGUUGUUCCUCAAAAUCCUCUUACGAUUGCCAGUAGAAUCUCUGAUGCGAUGUAAAUGUGUUUGCAAAUACUGGUACGCUCUCAUUAGCAAUCCUAAGUUCAUCGAAUUGCACCUUAGGUACAACUGCAACAACAAUGUAUGCGUCCUUCUCAAGCGCUGCCUUCUAACGUGCUUAGGAGAGAGAGAAAAUAUAUUGUCUUUGGUCUGCAGCAACGGUUUUUCUUUCGUAAAUUUAGAUGUUGAUUUGUCUUUAUAUAAGAAGGAGCCGUGCUUACAGCUUCUAGGUCAUUGUGAUGGCAUUAUUUGCCUAUCAAAUUACAGAGAUGAUAUAGUUCUAUGUAAUCCUGCAACUAGGGAGUCCAUGGUACUCCCGGAAUCCUCUCUCCCUUGUUAUUCGCCAAGAUCAAAUUUGAUCCCACAAACCAGUGCCUUAGGAUUUGGUUAUGAUGCUAAAACUCAUCAUUGCAAAGUUGUUAGGAUUGUUUCGUACUGGGAGGAGCGAAGUGGGAGUGACUUACCCCAACAUUCCAGGGUCGAAGUAUAUUCUUUGGCAACUGGUUCUUGGAAAGAGAUCGAUAUUCAGGUCCCCGCCCAUGUGUGGUACUCUCCAUGUUUUGAGACAUACUUUAAUGGAGCGUUUCAUUGGUAUGCCAUUGACAAUAACCGAAACGAGGUCAUCCUUUCAUUCCACAUGGGAAACGAAGCAUUCCAAGUAAUACCGAUGCCAAAUGCCCUCUCCUUGUAUGAUUAUUCAAUAUGCAGGAGUCUUUUUGUGUGGAAGGGAUGCAUCGCUCUAGUAGUUUAUCCGAGGAAGGGGACCAAAAAAUCGUUUGAGAUAUACGUGAUGAAGGAAUAUGGAGUGAGGGAAUCUUGGACAAAUAUAAUGACAAUUGGACCUCUUAUGAAAGUGGAAAUGCCUUUGGCAUUUUGGAAAAAUGAUGAGAUCCUCAUGGAAGGCUCUGACGGAUUGGUAGUUUCUUACAACCUUAACACCCAAGAACUCAAGGAUCUUCCAAUUUAUGGGGUUCCGAAGUCGUUCGCGACACUUGUGUACGUGAACAGCCUUGUUUCAGUCAAAGGAGGGAAUCAAAUACUUGAUGAAGGAAAUAAUACAGGUGAAAAUGUUCCAACUCCGGUUACACUUUAUUUUGUUUUCCUUCUGCAGAUAAUCAGAACAGGUUGCCUUCUUUUGCUGCAUUUUUCUGGCUUGGCAAUUUGUUCUUUUAGAAGAUUUGAAUGAAAAUGG